AAGGCCUCGGGCCACGCACCCGGGCACCCCACUGCGGGCGCGCUCUCGGGAGGCUCGGACGGACGCGGCCGAGCUCUGGGCACAGUCGACUUGCGGACCAGCGGGACACCGGGCGAUGCUGCGGGUGCGGUGUCUGCGCGGCGGGAGCCGCGGCGCCGAAGCGGUGCACUACAUCGGUUCUCGGCUUGGAAGAACUGUGACAGGAUGGGUGCAGCGAACUUUCCAGAGCACCCAGGCAGCUACAGCUUCCUCCCGGAAUUCCUGUGCAGCUGAAGACAAGGCCACUGAUCCUUUGCCCAAGGACUGCCCUGUCUCCUCUUACAACGAAUGGGACCCCUUAGAGGAAGUGAUAGUGGGCAGAGCAGAAAAUGCCUGUGUUCCACCAUUCACUGUGGAGGUGAAGGCCAACACAUAUGAAAAGUACUGGCCUUUUUACCAGAAGAAUGGGGGCCAUUAUUUUCCCAAAGAUCACUUGAAAAAGGCUGUUGCCGAAAUUGAAGAAAUGUGCAAUAUUUUAAAAAUGGAAGGAGUGACAGUGAGGAGGCCCGACCCCAUCGACUGGUCGCUGAAGUACAAAACUCCUGAUUUUGAGUCUACGGGUUUAUAUGGUGCGAUGCCUCGAGACAUCCUGAUAGUUGUGGGAAAUGAGAUUAUCGAGGCUCCCAUGGCCUGGCGCGCCCGCUUCUUUGAGUACCGCGCAUACAGAGCAAUUAUCAAAGACUACUUCCGCCGCGGGGCCAAGUGGACAACGGCUCCUAAGCCCACAAUGGCUGAUGAGCUUUAUGACCAGGAUUACCCCAUCCAUUCUGUAGAAGACAGACACAAAUUGGCUGCUCAGGGAAAAUUUGUGACGACUGAGUUUGAGCCAUGCUUUGAUGCUGCUGACUUCAUUCGAGCUGGAAGAGAUAUCUUUGCACAGAGAAGCCAGGUUACAAACUACAUGGGCAUUGAAUGGAUGCGUAAGCAUCUCGCUCCAGACUACAGAGUGCACAUCAUCUCCUUUAAAGACCCCAAUCCGAUGCACAUUGACGCCACCUUCAAUAUCAUCGGGCCUGGUCUGGUGCUUUCCAACCCGGACCGCCCCUGUCACCAGAUUGAUCUUUUCAAGAAAGCAGGAUGGACCAUAGUUACUCCUCCAACACCAGUCAUCCCGGAUGAUCACCCACUCUGGAUGUCGUCCAAAUGGCUUUCCAUGAAUGUCUUAAUGCUGGAUGAAAAGCGUGUUAUGGUGGAUGCCAACGAAGUCCCGAUUCAAAAGAUGUUUGAGAAGCUGGGUAUCAGUACCAUUAAGGUUAACAUUCGUAACGCCAAUUCCCUGGGAGGAGGCUUCCACUGCUGGACCUGCGAUGUCCGGCGCCGAGGCGCCCUGCAGUCCUACUUCGACUGACCGGGCCAGGGGCUGGGGCUCGGCCUCAAAUAAACCUAGGAGGUUUAGGGACAAAGCUCAUUCUCCUGCUUUAAAAAGUGCAUGAACUGUAGUGCUUUAAACAAUCAUAUCCUUAAUAGGGGUCUUAAGCCUGGUUUACUUUUAUUACGUUUCUUUGAUAAAAGGAAAAUAACUUGUGUUAGGUCUUACUCUCUACUCCUACGUUUUUCACUAUUUGGAUUCAAGCAUAAAAAACUUGGUGGAUGUCUGCCAAAACAAAAAUUAGUCAUUUGAGUAACUUGGUCACUAACAUUUAACCAUCUACCUCUGUUUUUAAUUUUCUUUCCAAAAGGCAGCUUAAAAUUUUGUUCCUAAUCUUCACUUUUUUUUUUCCUUUUUGCAGACUCUGAAUAUUUGUAUCACUUCUUUUUUCUAAAUGAAAGACUUAGAAUGUACACAGAUAUUAAGUAGAACCAGAAUUGUCUCUUUUUCUAAUAAGGGAUUUGGGUAAUUUUUAAUUUUUUGUUUUUACAAAAAUAACCUGGACUAUGCAAAAAUUUAAGUGAAUUUUCCAUGAACGUUUUUAAUAUUCUCAUCUCAACAUUGGUAACAUUUGCUACUAGAAGCCUUUUCAUACAACUUACCUCAUUUCAAGUGAUUUAUUUUAAUCUCUUUUUCUUCUCUGCCCAAAAUUUUACAGAAAUAUUUAGUGCAAUAGGCUGUUACCAUCAGUUCCCAUUCCUAAAUUUUGAUGUUCAGUAUCUAAUGGAUACAUUGCAUCUUUGGUGAUCUAAGAUUUGUUUACAGAUGUGCAAAUUAUUUGAAGCACAGACUUAAAAAGCAUUAAAAAAAAAAAAACUAAUGGAGGUAAAACCUACAUGUGACGUGAAAUACUUUUAAUGUUGGAUACUGUACGUGUAUUUUUAUUCUAAUAAACUUUUGUGUUACGGAAUAGAUUUUA